AUGGCUCUAGGUACUGCUCAAGAGAGCACUGAAGCUACUCAGCUCUCGACAACAGCUUCAACUACCCCUACGACGACUGUCCACACCACCCCUACAACUACUCCUACAACCACUGCCCACACUACCCCUACAACUACCCCUACAACAACUGCCCACACAACCCCUACAACUACCCAUACAACAACUGCCCACACAACCCCUACAACUACCCCUACUACGACUCCCCACACCACCCCUACAACUACCCCUACAACCACUGCCCAUACCACCCCUGCAACUACCAAUACAACGACUGCCCACACCAAUGCUACGACCGCUCCUCCAACCACUCAUGUAACCAAUUCGACGGCGUCCCCUACACCUGCCCCUACUACUCCAGCUCCAACACCGAACCCCGACGUUGGAGAAUACAACGUCAAGUCUGAUGGAAACUCCACUGAGUGUCUGAAGGCAAAAAUGGGCCUGCAGUUUAGGUUUAAACCGUCUGUGAAUGCCUCCCUCCAGACCAUCAAUCUAAACCCCAACACCACAAGCUCCAAUGGAACAUGUGGAAGCAACGGCAGCGAUGCUACUCUCCAACUGACGUCUGACACAGUGACAGUUCUGUUCGUUUUCACCACUGAAUCGGGUAAAUUCCACCUGCAGUCAUUGAGUUUCUCAGCUCUUAUUGGAAGUGGGAGCAAGUUCAAAGUAGACAAGACAAACCUGACUCUAUGGGAAGCAACUUUGGGCAGUUCCUAUAUGUGCAGAAAGGAGCAAAGCUACAACCUGACUGACGCGUUUACUCUCAACACUUUUGAUCUUCAAGUCCAGCCCUAUGAAGUGACAAGCAACAAAUUUAACAAAGCUGUGGACUGCCAGGCUGAUGUGGAUAACUACAUUGUCCCUAUAGCGGUUGGAGUUGCCCUUGGUGUUCUCAUACUCAUUGUAAUAUUGGCCUAUGUCAUUGGAAGGAAGAGAAACCAAUUCGCCGGCUAUGAGUCAUUCAGCUAAUUCUCACAUUGUCCAUUCUCAAAAAUGAAUGUUUCGGUAGAUAUUUGUUGAUAUAUUUUGAUUUAAAGCAGGAGUUAUAUAUACUGGAAUUCCACCAUUCUAAUUGUUCUCAAUAUGCACUUUCUUUUUUGUAAUUUAGAAAAUACUGUAGGAUUACACUACGUUGAAAAGCAAAUGUUUGAGAAAUUAGAAUUGUAAUUCUAAUACUUUUUUAACAUUUUUUGAUAAAUGAUGUGCCAUAAAAAAAAAAGUAUUAAUGAUCUUGAUCAAGUAUUUGAUUGGCCAAAUGAAUGUGUCAAAGUGCAAUUUAGGAGCCAUCACAUAUAUAGUCAGUGUAUUUUAUACAGUAUGAUCAAAUGAAAUUUUCCCCAGAGGAAAGACAGCAGCAAAACAGAAUUGCUUCUGGAUACUUGAAUUUGAUUUAACAACUGUUAGGGAUGCAACCUUUUCCCCCUCUCUCACCCUCUUCAGGCAUCUGUGAAGAUUAAGCCACACAACAGCAGUGAUGUCAUACCACCUCUACUGCUCUUAUUCCUGCAUGUGUCCUCACAGAUAAUCUGUAUCCCUCCAGUAAUCACUCUCCUCCGUUUCUCUCUCUCUCUCUCUCUCUCUUUUUUUUAUUCUCACGCCAGCCGAGGAGUGCUUCCUGGAUGCUGAUUUGAGCUUUCUUGUGCCCAUCGCUGUGGGCGUGGCCCUGAGCUUCUUAAUCAUCCUUGUGCUUAUCUCUUACCUGAUUGGCCGGAGGAAGAGUCGCACCGGUUACCAGUCUGUAUAAUUCACCUGAGCUCCUGCCUCCCAACACUAAACUCCAGCUUCCUCCUCUCCUCUUUUUUCCUCACUCCUAUACCUUCUCCCUCCUCCUCCUCUUCUUCCUUGCUCUGCUUGCCUGACCAGUCACAACCGCUUCUGAAAAAUCUUAAUACUGGUUUGUUUUGUUUGCCGUCCUAUAAGCAAUUGUAUCUCUGUUCUGGUUCUGGCUUUGCUUACCCGUUCUAAAAACAAAACCAUUAAAAAUAACGUUUUCCAACAGUGGUUACAAUGACUUCGCGUGAACAGAGAUUAUCAAACUAACUAUUGGCAUUGCACUCAAUUGUAAAUGCAUGGGACGUUUCAACAGGACAUUUUGCGUUUUAAUCCUGUUCGAGAAGCAGUCACAAAAGCUUUUUCUCAGUGAUUAAUUUUUUUUUUUUUUUUUGGUUCAUGCUAUGUUCUUUUUGUGUGCCAGUGGCUCUCUUGAAAGACUGAAUGAAUCUUUAUCAUUUAUGAUUUGGCACUUCAUGUUAAAGUUUCUAUAUCCUUGAAUGUAAAUGCACAUUUCCGUCAUUUGAAAAUGUACUCACUUUGUGGUUUGAUAAGAAAAAAAAUGUCCAUGUACAUUUCUCUUAAAUUUUAAUGAAGUUCUAUAAAGUGUAAUUGUACCUCUUGCACUUAAAAUAUACUGCGGUCUAGUACAAUAAAGGGACACUAAUUUUUAUACUGACACUUAACCAGCAUUUGACUGUGGGUUGUGAUGUGGGAAUAAUUUGAUUGCGAUGUUGUUUCCUCUGUGAAGUUCCCCUCAGGGAAAAUUAGACUGUGUUGUAAAGCUUAAGUUUCUAUUUGGCCAGAACACACAAUAUGUGAUUACCAAUUCCAGUAAGUACAUGCCAGACCAAAGCUUUGAUUGGUAAAGCACUCACUGAAUCCGAGAAGAAGAAACCAGAUAUAACUGUGUUUUCAGAAUCUGAAUGUGGUGAAUGUUUCCAUUUAGACUUAUUUUUUUUUUCUCCUUCUGUCUACAAUAUCAGCUGGAUAUACACGAUUCCAAAAUGAAGAUUUAAGGUCCCCUCGUAUCUUGUGCCUUUUUUUGUUGACCUCACCCCACUCCCCCCCCCACUCCGAAACAUGUUUUAUGCGGUCAACAAAUGCAAAAACGUAAAUCUGUUCCAAAAAAAAAAAGAAAGAAAAAAAAAAAAAAAGCAGGGAAAAUCUCAAUAAAGUGUCUUUCCUGGUUUGUA